AAAAAAAAUUCAGAAUACUCCUGAUAACAAGGGGAAUAUAGCGGAAUACUUUUUUGUAACUUUUUCCUAUUGUUGUGGUUGUUUUGCAAGGGAGAAGUUUUGAUACUAAAACGACCAGGGAUAACACUUUAACCGCUGUACCUCCGUAGUAGCUUGCAUCAUUUUUGCCAAGGCAAACUUUUUCCCAUGCCAGGCAUCCAGCCUCAUAUACGAAGGUCACAGCCUUGCCAAAUUCUACCCGUCAAUCUUUCUCCUCUCUUUUUCUUUGCUUCAUUAUCAUGGCCUUGAAGUUUGGCUCGGAGUUUCUAGGGUCCAUGCCUCCUAUUGAAACUACAUUACCACUCGAAGACACUGCCGAGAACUACGCAACGCUCACGAGACGUCGUGACACAUAUUCAUUUAUUGACCCCUAUCGCUUCAAGAAUACGCUGAGAGAGAAAGUGGUUUUGAUUACACAAGCGCACCGUGGAGUUGGUCGUUCUACUGCAGUCGCUUUCGCACAGGCAGGAGCUUCAGUGUGCUGCGUUGGUCCGAAUGCUGAGUCACUUGAGCCUCUACUACAUGAGAUCAAGGAAAAGUUCAACACUCCAACACUGGCUCUCACCGCCGACCUUCUCGCUCCAAAUGCACCAGUCCAAAUCGUGAAGCUGGUAGAGCAGUACCGCGGCCCAAUUGAUAUUCUCAUAAAUAUCACACCAGGUUCAUACAUGCGACCAUUCAACCAAGAAGCCGAUAUCACACAAGAUUGGUGGCCAUCAAUGGAAGGUGGACUGCGCGUACCAUUAGAACUGAUACACGCAGUCCUUCCAUCCAUGAUAGAACGUGGAAAAGGGACCAUUAUCAGCACCACUUCGAUUGGUGGCGUUGUUUCAGUCCCUUAUUUCUCAGCAGUCGGAACAGCAUCCGCUGCGCUUCUCAAGUUCCACCAUCACCUUCAUGCCGAGACAUCAAAGAAGGGUAUUGCAUCUUUUCCUGUCCAUCCAGGUAUGAUUCCAAGUCACAUGCACGAUCCAAGCAGCUCCUUCGUAGCGCAGCCUGAGCAUGUUGGGCAGGAGCCGGCAUUCCGAAACAAAAUUAUGGACAUGGCGAAGGAUAUGGAGUGGUGUUCUUCUGGACUGGCCAGCGGGACAUUCCUAGCACUCUGUGCAGAUCCAAGAGCGAAGAUUCUGAGUGGACUGUACGUUAACGCGGAGAGAGAUUUGGGGGAGGUUAUUGAGAAGAUGGAGUUCGACUGGGGUGAGAAAGUUAGAAAGGAUAGGCUCUAUCUUUUGAAAGUUGACGAGUAUUGAUAUGGCCAGCAAAUAAUCGAUAAAGGAUGGGUUGUUUCAUUGUGUUUAGCGGCAUGGGCUCCGGAUACCAAGAACAGGCUAGAGGAUACGGGAUACAGGAUACAGGACUAUAGAGUAUAUAAAUCACAUCCACUCCUCAAGCUUCAUAUUAUCGCUUCCUUCUCCUGAUAUGAAAGAUAUAACUCGGUAAGAGACUAAGGUGCGAGUUCAAUCAAAAUAAUGAGGUCACGUGUGCAUGUUUAUC